AUGAGGAAGUGGCAACCGGUUGGUAGGGAUCAAGCAAAAUUGGUUUUGGGACAGAAGAGGUCGGACUCGAUCGAGCUAGAGUUGACUCGAUCGAGCUGCCGAUCGAGCUUGUUGUGCGAGCUCAACUG